AUGGCAGCUCCAAUGCAACAAAUGCCAGACUUGUCCAAUGCUAUUGUAGCACAAGAUGAAAUGGGUAGACCGUUUUUAAUUGUCAGAGAUCAAGGAAAGAAACAAAGAAAACAUGGAUUAGAAGCCACUAAAUCCCAUAUUCUUUCAGCUAGAGCAGUUGCCUCUAUUGUUAAGACAUCUUUAGGACCAAGAGGAUUAGAUAAAAUCUUAGUAAGUCAAGAUGGAGAAAUCACCAUCACCAAUGAUGGGGCCACUAUUUUAUCCCAGAUGGACUUAGAUAAUGAAAUUGCCAAAUUAUUAGUGGAAUUAUCUAAAUCCCAAGAUGAUGAAAUCGGUGAUGGUACUACAGGUGUAGUGGUUUUAGCCAGUGCUUUAUUAGAUCAAGCUUUGGAAUUGAUUGAAAAGGGGAUUCAUCCAAUCAAAAUCGCCAAUGGAUUUGAUGAAGCUUGUAAGAUAGCUAUCAAUGAAUUGGAUUCAAUUGCUGAUGAGAUCGAUAUUAAUAAUGAAGCCAAUGAUUCUAAUCUUUUAAAAGCUGCUAAAACUUCUUUAGGUUCAAAAGUUGUCAGUAAAUCACAUGAUCAGUUUGCUAAGAUGGCAGUUGAAUCAGUUUUAGCUGUAGCUGACUUUGAAAGGAAAGAUGUUGAUUUUGAAUUAAUUAAAAUGGUUAGUAAAGAAGGUGGAUCAAUAGAAGAUUCUAGAUUAAUUAAAGGGGUUUUAUUAGAUAAAGAUUUCUCUCAUCCCCAAAUGGCUAAAGAAAUUAAUGAUUGUAAGAUUGCUAUUUUAACCUGUUCAUUUGAACCACCAAAACCAAAAACCAAACAUAAAUUAAAUAUUUCCACCGUUGAAGAAUUCCAAGUAUUACAAGAAUAUGAACAAAAGAAAUUCCAAGAAAUGAUUGAUUACGUAAAGAAGUCCGGUGCCAAUACUGUUGCCUGUCAGUGGGGGUUUGAUGAUGAAGCCAAUCAUUUAUUAUUAACUAAUGGAUUAAAUGCUAUUAGAUGGAUUGGAGGUUCAGAAUUAGAAUUAUUAGCUAUCGCUACUAAUGGUAGAAUUGUUCCAAGAUUUGAAGAUUUAACUGAAGAAAAAUUAGGUUAUGCUGGUACUAUUAAAGAAUUAGAAUUUGGUACUACUAGAGAUAGAAUGUUGGUUAUUGAAGAUUGUUCAAAUACUAAAGCUGUUACUUGUUUCAUUAGAGGUUCUAAUAAAAUGAUUUGUGAUGAAGGUAUUAGAGCUUUACAUGAUUCAGUUUGUGUAGUGAGAAACUUAAUCAGAGAUAAUAGAGUCGUGUAUGGAGGAGGAGCUGCCGAAUUAGCUUGUUCAAUUGCGGUAUCUAAUGAAGCUAAUAAAAGAAAAGGUAUUGAUCAAUAUGCUUUUAGAGCAUUUUCUCAAGCUUUGGAUGUUAUACCAACAACAUUAGCUGAAAAUUCCGGUUUAGAUCCAAUUGAAGCUUUAUCUACGUUAAAAUCUAAGCAAGUUUUAGAGAAAUGUUCUCAAUUAGGGGUUGAUUGUUUAAAUAAGGGAACCAAUGAUAUGAAGGAAUUAUUUGUCAUUGAUCCUUUGAUCGGUAAGAAACAACAAUUAUUAUUAGCCACUCAAUUAUCUAGAAUGAUUCUUAAGAUUAAUAAUGUUAUUAUUAGUGGUAAAGAUGAAUAUUGA